CAGACCUCUGAACUCCCGGACAGCACUGGGGUGGGAGCGAAGAAGAAGAGGAGGAAACUGCACCACGGUGUUGAAGAAGAAGAGCAUUCAAGUAUGGGCUCUGGACAGAGCAGUGGAAAGCUCCACUGCAACCGCUACCUGGAUGGAAAGGGUCCUCCAUCGCUGGUUCAACAAGUGAGAGAAGGGGUGGGCGAGCUGCACAGAGGAGCGACCGGCUGCCAGCUAGAGGGCCAGAUGACCUGGGUGAUCCUCCACCGGGAGCUGCCCAGGUUCCCGGAUGACAACACCGUGCAGAUCAACUUCAUAUUCCCAGAUGGAAUACAGACGGAGAAACACCCUCACCCUCGCCGGCCGUAUUCAGGGCUGAGGAUUUGUGCUUACCUGCCCGACAACCGUGACGGAAGGGCCGUUCUCAAGCUCCUGGAGAAGGCUUUCAACGAGCAGCUCCUGUUCACUGUUGCCACCAAUAAAGAUGGAGAAGACGUGGUUACUACAGCUUCCAUUCCCCUCAAAACCCACCCAGACGGAGGGAGUGAAGUUGACGGCUACCCGGAUUCUGAAUACCUGAAGACUGUUAGACAACUACUGAAGGAUAAAGGCAUCGAAUAACGACGCACACUGCUGGACGGACGGAUGAAUGAAUGACGGACUUCAAACUGUUUAUCUCUGAUGGCCAGAGAACCUGUGAGAUAAGUGAUAAAAAUGUCUUUAAAAAGAUAUAUGAUCAAUGGAUGUUGCUGUCAAUGUGAAAUCUGUAUAUUACAUGCGGUUCUUAUUCUUGAAAUAUCAUGUUCUCCAAAUGUUGGUGGUGUCCUUGUAUGACUCAAUUAUUGUAUUGUUACAAAUGUCAAAUAUUGAGUCACAUUAUUGUGUUAAAAGGCAGUAUAAAUAGAUAUAUCCCUGUAUGUGUGAGUUGGAAAUUGUAUUUAUUUUUAAGCAGCACAGGGAGCAUUCUGAGCUUCACUUAUUGUACAGACACAAGUUCCAGGUCAUGGAUAGGGUGAAAGUCAUGUUCUAUUCUAUGUUUACUUCAGCAAUAUUAAAGUUGUUUUUUUCCCUUAAGUCAUUGCCAUGUUAAGAAAGUUAACCUGGGGAAGAAUAAAGUAAAAUAUAAUAUAA